CUUGAGAGCCUGUCAUAUCGUGGACCGCCUCUUGCAGACGACUGCACCCAUUCACCACCAAUCCAUCCCAUUCAAUGCGCCUUCUCAAACGUAACGAAUAUGGCGCAAUCACUAUCGAAAGCUUCAGCGACGGGCUGGCGCCUCCUUAUGCGAUAUUGUCUCACACAUGGGGCAAAGACAAAGACGAAGUAGCCUUUGCAGAUAUCGUCGAUGGGAGGGGGAAGGGCAAGGCCGGCUACAGAAAGAUCUACUUUUGCGACAUACAAGCACAGCGUGAUGGUUUACAGUACUUCUGGAUCGAUACGUGUUGCAUCAACAAGGACGACAAGGCUGAGCUCUCUCAAGCUAUCCAGUCCAUGUUUCGUUGGUACCAGAACGCGAGAACAUGCUAUGUCUAUCUAUCGGAUGUACGAACAAAGAAAAGAAGAUUCGAAGAAACAGUAAAUGGGCCCGACUGGCAGGCUAUGUUCAGGUCUAGCCGCUGGUUUACGCGUGGCUGGACGCUCCAAGAGUUGAUCGCGCCGUGCACGGUCAGGUUCUUCUCCCAAGAAGCAGACGAACUUGGUGACAGAUGUUCGCUGCGUUUAUUGAUCAACAAGAUAACAAGCAUUCCCCUUGAAGUGCUUGAUGGAGGUGCAUUGUCUCAAUGUAAAACUGAUGAACGGCAGCGAUGGGCAAACCACAGGAGUACAAAACUUAAAGAAGAUAGGGCAUAUGCUUUAUCAGGUCUUUGUGGUGUAAACAUUGCGCCUGUGUAUGGCGAGGGUGAAGAAGAAGCGUUCAGACGGCUUCGCCGUGAGAUUGAGAAGCUGGAAGACUGCGUUCGUGAUUUGCGCGAUAGCGAUCCUCGUAUCGACAAAAAGCGCAUUGAAGAAACGAAGGGUGGUUUGCUGUUUGGCUUAUAUCACUGGGUCCUGGAUAAUCGCACCUUCCAGCAGUGGCAGUACGACCCUACUAGCCAACUGCUCUGGAUAAAGGGCGAUCCUGGCAAAGGCAAAACAAUGCUGCUAUGUGGCAUAAUCGACGAGAUACAGAAGAAUAUAAGACACAAUAUGGUCGCGUACUUCUUCUGCCAAGCGACAGACUCGCGCAUCAAUAACGCUGUAGCGGUUCUGCGAGGACUGCUGUAUAUGCUUGUAGAUCAACAGCCACUCCUGGCGCGGCACGUCCAAAAGCAAUACGAGCAUGCAGGCAAACAGCUAUUUGAGGAUGCAAACGCAUGGGUGACACUGAGAGAUAUCUUCAGAGACGUCCUUCAUGAUCCAAGCCUUGGCAGGACAUGUCUCGUCGUCGAUGCCCUAGACGAGUGCAUCGUUGAUCUACCAAAGCUGCUAGAUUUUGUGGCUAAACAGACAUCGGCAUCUUCGCACGUUAAGUGGAUCGUGUCUAGUCGCAACUGGCCUGAAAUUGAAGCACAGCUAGAGCGGGCAGGACACAAAAUCAAGUUGAGUCUUGAGCUGAAUGCAGACUCAAUAGCCAUAGCGGUUGGCGCCUUCAUUGAGAAAAAGGUGAAAAUUUUAGCUACCGAGAAGCAGUAUACACCAGAACUACAGCUAGAAGUGCUUCAGUAUCUGACCUCAAACGCUAACGACACUUUCCUGUGGGUGGCGUUGGUUUGUCAGAACCUGGAGAAGAUACCUACAAGGCAUGUACGGAAAAAGCUUAACGAAUUCCCACCUGAUCUGAACGAUCUGUAUGAGAGGAUGGUGAGCCAGAUCAGUGGGUUAGAGGAUGCCGGAACCUGUCUACAAGUUCUAGCAUUGGCGGCAGUUUCAUAUCGGCCUAUAACCAUCUCUGAACUAGUCACUCUAGCCGAAGAAGUUCAGAAGAAUGCUGACGACGUAGAGGAGAUCGUCGCUUUCUGUGGAUCUUUCCUCACGCUACGAGAAGGCAUUAUUUAUUUUGUGCAUCAAUCUGCCAAGGACUUUCUGCUCACUAAGGCAGCCUCGAAGAUAUUCCCAGAUGGUGCAGAGGCUGUUCAUUGUUCGAUCUUCUUGAGGUCGAUGGAUGUCAUAUCUAGUACACUGCACAAGAACAUAUAUGAUCUUAAAGCGCAAGGAAUUGCUAACGAGGACAUCAGCAUACCUGCUCAAGACCCUCUCGCGUCUGUUCGCUACUCUUGCACUUACUGGGCGGACCAUCUCUGUGACUCGAAUCCUGACUGGUCCGCUAAUAAUGCAGAGAAGCCACAACUUGCAGCUACAAUUGAGGGUUUUUUUAGGGAGACAUAUCUGUACUGGAUCGAGGCUCUCAGUCUAUGUCAGAGCGUAGAACAAGGCAUUGUAGCCGUUACUAAAGUGCUUCAACUGGUGGAGAAUGAUCGAAGUCGGGUUGAACUUGCCUCUCUCAUAAAUGAUGCAUGGCGUUUUAUCCUGCACCACAAGAGUAUGAUUAAAGAAUGGCCACUGCAGAUCUAUACAUCAGGGAUUCUGUUCAGUCCUCGAACAAGCAUUAUCAGAAACAUUUUCAAAUCCCAAGCACAAGGGUGGGAUAUACAGACACAUCAAGAACACAGCUGGAGCGCGUGCAUGCAGACGCUCGAGGGUCAUAGCAAUCGGGUUAAAUCCGUCGCCUUCUCGUCCGAUGGAACGAGGCUGGCAUCAGCAUCAGACGACGAGACGGUUAAGAUCUGGGAUGCGAAUAACGGGCAGUGUCUACAGACGCUUAGGGGGCAUAGCAGUUGGGCCGAAUCAGUAGCCUUCUCACUCGAUGGAGCGAGGCUAGCGUCAGUGUCAGACAACGAAGUUAAGAUCUGGGACGCUUAUAACGGGCAGUACUUACAGACCCUCGAAGGACAUAGCAGUUGGGUCAAUUUAGUAGCCUUCUCGCCCGAUGGAACGAGGUUGGCAUCAGCAUCAGACGACGAGACGGUUAAGAUCUGGGACGCGUAUAGCGGGCAGUGCCUAUGGACGUUCGAUUUGCAUUUGCAACAGGCCUCCUCAGUAGCAUUCUCGCCCGAUGGAACUCGGCUAGCGUUAGCGUCAGGCCACGAAGUUAAGAUCGGGGAUGUGUAUAGUGGGGGGUGUUUGCAGACGUUCGAGGGUCAUAGCAGUUGGGUUCCAUCCGUAGCCUUCUCGCCUGAUGGAAUGAGGCUAGCAUCGGCGUCAGCGGAUAUGACAGUUAAGAUCUGGGACACGCAAAGUGCGCAUCACUUACCAGAACUUGUGAGGUAUCGCUAUCGGGUCAGAUUGGUAGCCUUCUCGCCCGACGGAACGAGGCUGAUAUCGGCGUCAGACGAGGUUAAAAUCUGGGAUGCGUAUAGUGGGCAGUGUCUGCAGACGCUUAAAGGGAAUAGCUAUAAGCUCGACUCAGUAGCCUUCUCGCCCGAUGGAGCAUAUAUUGUUUCCAAUCAAGGCAAGUUUCGCCUUGAUGCCUCCGUUGUUGGCACCCCUAGCAACAUCAUCAAUCUUGGCCAUACACACAAUGUUGAUAGAGAUAUACGCUUGGACAAAAACUGGAUCCUAAUAGAAGGAGAAAAGAUUCUCUGGAUUCCUCCAGAGUAUCGCGCUUGCACUUCAGCUAUCAGGGAAAACAAGGUUGCAGUUGGCACGUGGUAUGGUACAGUAUGGAUAUGCACUAUCGAUGGCUCAGUUGGAACUUCUUAGAGAAUAAUAUCCUUCUUGAUGUAACCUGAUACCUCUCGGAAGAAGAAGUCUCAAAAGCCAUUUCAACCAUUCGUACUCGCACUGCGAAGUGA